GAUAAGUGUGUUAUUUAGAAGGCACAUAUUCAAAGCUUGCAAUUUAACCUUGCAUGUUUACCUUUUUCUUGUACUUUUUCAUCAAUUUGAAAAAUGUUAAAAAAUCAUGUUUAACCUUAAUAAGUGAUGUUCAGAACAACCUACAAACUUUUUGACAUUUUACACCAUUCUAGUCAUGUAGCUUUGAUAAAGAACCCAUCAUUUUUUGGGCAUGGAGCUCGGUUGAUAAGUGUAAAUCGAGUGACAUGUUCCUCACAUCAACAACCCAAACCUAAAUCCAAUGUUAUCAGUGAUUAUGGAGAAGAAGAAAGAAUCAUUAAAUAUCUGACGGACCCAAACGUGGGACAAAUUCAAGAAAAAGUGAAUCUAGAAUGGAAGGUGAUAGAGAAACCGGAUAACCUUAAAUCAAUAGGUUACUAUCUUAAAUUAAGCAAAUUUAGACUUACAAGUCUGGUUGUACUAACCACAUUAGCCGGUUACACCAUGGGUUGCUCUCAAUUUGAUCCUAUUAUCGCCAGUGCAUCUCUUAUUGGCACUGGUUUGACUUCUGCCGCUGCAGCAAGUCUCAAUCAGUUUUUGGAAAUACCUUUUGACUCACAAAUGAUGAGAACUCGAAAUCGUCCUCUAGUCCUCGGUCAACUUUCUUCUGGACGUGCUUUUUCGUUUUCUUUAAUUUCUGGGACAGCUGGACUCGCUACAUUAGCAUUUUUCAUCAAUCCCUUGACAGCUGCUUUGGGUGCUUUUAAUUUAGUUCUCUAUUCAUUUGUAUAUACACCGAUGAAGAGAGCGAAUAUUGCAAAUACUUGGGUUGGAUCAAUAGUUGGCGCCAUACCUCCUAUAAUGGGUUAUACUGCCGCAACCAAUAUGAUUGAUAUACCAUCGAUAUUCUUAGGAUUAAUAUUAUAUUCAUGGCAAUUUCCUCACUUUAACGCUCUAUCUUGGAAUAUCCGUCAUGACUAUGCAAGAGCUGGUUAUCGAAUGAUGUCGGUUACCAAUGAGGAUCUCUGUGUACGCACUGCUUUGAGGCAUGCCUGUCUUUUGACUGCUUAUUCAUGUUUAAUGAGUACAUCUUAUGUUUCUCUUACCAAUUAUGCCUUCGUUUUAGGAUCUCUACCUCUCAAUAUUUACCUAAUUUAUCUAAGCUGGAAAUUCUACCAAACACCGAACGCAACUAGUUCUAGAAAAUUGUUUCGUUACUCUCUCAUUCACCUGCCAGCUCUCAUCAUUUUAAUGCUCAUCUUCAAAUCAGAUAGAAAAGACGAGUCAAUAAUGAGAGAUGGACUUGUUAAAACGAAAACCUAGUAGUUAAUGAGAUGAAUUAGCUCUAUCUUGUAAUUUAAAUUAAAAUUGUUAACUUCUUGUGAAGAGAAAGUCAAGUUUCAUUUUCUUAUUCCAUUAUUGUAUGAGUUGAAAUGGAAUGUAAUGAUUUAUUUCUUAACCAGUUGAUGUAAAUAAAUUUCCGUCGAUUCGUACCUUCAA